AGACAACAGCUCUCUUGGCAACAAGAAAAUGGCGACGUCCAUGGGUGGAAAGGCGUUUCUGUGAGCUGCGACAGUGUGUAGUUUUGCACCAUUUUCCAACGAAAUAUGUUGCGGCUGCAUAGUGCUGAGUGAGGUAUGGAUAAGACAUGUUUUUCCUUCCUUCGUACAAUGUGAAAUUGAGAGCACAAAUGACUGCCACAUUGCAGGAAAGUGGACAAUAGGCAUGAUGUUUGGGCCUGUACACCACAUCCCAUCCCCCUACUUUUUUGAUCAGAAGCAGGUUAUUCAAAGGCCUAAGAGGAGACGCAAACAACCUCAGGAGCUCCCUCGUAGCUUACGUUUUGCCAACCUCAAUCCUCGCCUGGCUGCCUUCCUCAGCAGCCAGGAACGUCAGAAGAAGAAGCAAUUAGAAGCAGAGUCAAGUGGGGGAUUCUUUUCCUCCGACCAAACGUCUUUCCUGAAGUACUCCGAGGAGGCAGGCAAUAGUUUCUUUGCUCUUCAAAACACUGAACUAUAUCGGCAAAUCUUUAGAAAUAGCUUUGAUAACUUAACACUUGAUGGAGAGCAAACUCAGAGACAGCUCUAUCAUGAAUCAGUGCAAGCAGCGCCAACACUCCUCGUCAAGCUCACAUCCAUUCUCUAUCUCUUUGUGGACCAACAUCUGGAUCUUCCCAGGGAGUUGGUGAAUAGUCUCAGCUGUGCCUAUGAAGAGCUAACAGCAGAAGCACAGUUUGAGAAGAAAGAAUGGCAAUGUAUUGAGAACCUUCCGGAUGAUGAAGAGAAGGAGGUAGGGGAAGAUGGAUUGGAGGAAGAUAAAGACUUGGAGGAUGGUGCUGUAGCAGAAGAUGUAGAUGGGAAGGAGAAAAAGAAAAAGAAGAAGAAAAAGUCAUCUGGAGAGGACCAGAAUCAGUCACCUGCAGAUGGAUCUCAUGUUCCUAAAUCAAAAUUAGGGAAGGAUAUUCCUCCAGGAACUGCAAAGUCAGCUCCACCAGGACGCUCUCUUAGUAAGACUGGAAGAGAUGGAAGACUUUCUCUCCUGAAGAUAACCCCUGGUCUGGGCAGACGGGCUCAUACUGCAGACAUUAGCGGGGAAAGCCAAGAUGGUGGAGGUGUAAACCAGCCAAGUUUUCUUCAAGUAAUCAGUUUCUCUAUCACCAAGGCUAAAGAGGAGACUGGUUGGUUGAUCCAGCCUGAGGAUCAAGAUGAUGCCGUCAGGAGAAGCAUCUUGGAGACUAUCAUCAUGAGACUCAAUCAGUCAUCGCAAGAAGCGAAAGUUGCUAUGUUUGAAGCAAAAGAGAAGGGCCACACGCAUCCGCUGUCUAAGCGUUAUUACGGUGAUAGCAAACGAGAGGCGUUGGCAAAGUACCUGAGCACCAGCAAGAAGCCAACAACCGUUGCAGUGGCUCCAAGACUGUCAUCUACCAGUAUGCAGAGGUUACCACCCCCUCCAAAGCUUCCCCAGCCAGCUCCUCAAGAACUCAGACCAAAGUUCAUGACAGGUCUUCCGGACGGUUCAGUCACAUUGUACUAUCCAUCAGGUCGCGUUGCAAUCCUCACCAGCCCAUCAGGGGAACACAGAGUAGGACAUUACACACACGUGUAUGAGGAUGACGAAGAGAACUCUUACCUUGCUGCAUUCACACCCACGGGUCGAGGGUGUAUCUGUGAUGAGAAAGGAACCAUCAGGUUAUGGUGCACCGAGAAAGGAGGCAUGAUAGCGGACGAGGACGGAGCACUCACCACCAAGUGGGAGUGGCCUUUGCCCCACCUCAGGCUUCACAAUCCGGUGUCGUACAAGGUCAACGACCACAUCACCUUCCGCUGUGUGAACAGGGCAGGGGUCUCGCUGACAUUCACCUGCCACAAGGAGACGGCCAAGAUCCAUAUCGGUCAGACCAUCAUGGCCACAGAGCCUCAAACACAGGAAGAGAUGGGAUAUCUGAUGUUGCCCGAAGACACGUACACAUCUGCAGCAGCCAGUGAGAGCCACGCCCCUCCUCCACCCCCACCCAAGCGUAAGAAACCUAAAGAUGUGAACGUGUUAAAACGCGUCCCUAAACCCAAGAUAGUCAUCAACCCCAUGGAGGAAAUCAUGAAGACGUUAGAGCUUCCUAAUAUAGGAGAGCAUGGGAUCCAAGCAGAGAAGGAAUUAGAUACACUCAAAACAAGAGCAAGAUACCUACUAGAUGAAUGGAUGGAUCAUUACCGUAUGAUGCUCAACGUCACCAAUCCUCAGCUUGCCCGGGUAGGAAGCGCAGUCAUCGCCACCAGACACCGAACCCGCCUCAUCAAGUCAGCCAAGCCCAUGCUCGAGUCGGGACCAGAUCGUCCACAGUCAGCAGCAGCAAUGGACUUCUUGCCCCGUCCCAAGCUACCCAUGAGGGCGCCCUCUGCCCCUGCCGUUGGUCGCCUGCACGUCUCCAGACCUUACAGCACCAUGUCAAUGCCUUCGGAACAGCCCAAGAAGGACGAGUCGCAAGGGAGACAGUCUAGAGUCAGGAUAGAAGUAGAUGGAGUCGAUCAAGGUUACUACUCGAGGUACUCCAGAGGAGGGUCCACACUCAGCAGAACCACAAGAGUGAGCAGUCCACAGAGAAUGAUGUCGGGAAAGACUUCUAUCGUAGAAACUGAAGCGAGUGGAGACAAAGCAAGAAGAUCAGCUCCAUCUAUAGGCUGCCCAGCUGUCUUAAGAGCCGAGAUGCUAGGAGACACCGCAGGGACAUGCAAGUGCAGUCGUCAUCGUAUCCCUGUCAUCACAGAUCUAGAGCUGGAUAAGUUCUUGACCACCCAGGUACCUCGUGAACAGCUGAUGGUCUUGUGUGUGGUUUCGUCCAUGUUCCCUGGAGCUAUGCCUUGUGGUGACAUGCUGGUUAGGCUCUAUGAAACCAUGAACAGAAACAGGACAAAACCUUGUUAUCAGUGUCGAGGGGACAGGUACAGACUGUUGAUCUAUGACACCAUCGCUGCUGUUCAGGGAACGACCAACAAACAACCCGAGCUCUACAGAAGACACAAUGCAGUACCAGGCAUGUUUAUGAUCUAUGGUGGAGGUAAACUGCUCUUCUGUGACCAUAUCUUCAAUGGUUAUGGCAAUGCAAGGAAAGAUUUUCAAAAGCAACUCUCAAGAACACUCAAAGAACACAACAUGGGCCAUUUUCUACCAAGAGAUUUCAGAUUCAGUGCAAGCAGGGGUAAGCAUGGUCCAAGGUCUGCUUGGGGAGGAGAGAUAGGAGGCCCGUACCGACAGUCCAGGAAGGAAGGCGUGGCCUUACCGGGACUAGAGGAUCAUACUACCGGUGUCGUCCAAUCAGCAUCAGUCUCAUCCCUUGGGAGCAGUAAAGGGCAUUCCUUCAGUAGUGUUAUACUUCCUCCCAGGCCACAUACAAGUGGAAGAUACGUUCAGACAAGGGCAGAAAGCGUCAUGAGAAGGUUGCCUCCUACAAGUCAUCUGGUAGCCUGAGACAUUGUAUCUGAACAAAACCCUUGAGCUUUACAUAGCUGGUAGAUUUGAAAAUGAACCUUGCACAGAGGGCAACCUACUAGGAGUCAUCAGUCAAUCCAAGACAUGGUUCUUUUUUGGAAUAGAGCUUCCUACAAGGCAUCUGGUAGCUUAAGACAUUGUCUUUGGACUAAAACUGGCAGCUGUUAGUGUUGGAAAUGGACCUUGUAAAGAGGAUGACCUUCUACAAGUCAUCUGUUAGCGCAAGACAUGGUUCUUUUUCAAGAGAAAGCUUUCUACACAUCAUUUGGUAGCCUGAAACGUGGACCUUGUAAAGAGAACGACCUUCUACGAGUCAUCUGUUAGCGCAAGACAUGGUUCUUUUACAAGAGAUAACUUCCUACAAGUGUUCUGGUAGCCUAAGACACCGACCUUGUACAGAGAACAACCUUCUACGAGUCAUCUGUUAGCGCAAGACAUGGUUAUUUUUCAAGAGAUAGCUCCCUACACGUCAUUUGGUAGCUUGAAACAUGGACCUUGUACCGAAGACAAUCUUCCGCAAGUCAACGGUUGGUCUAAGACAUGGUUCUUAGACUCACAAUGGUUCAGGGGAUAAUUCCUACAAGUCAUCUGGUAGCCUAAGACUACAGGGUUCGUGUUUAGAGGAUAACCUCUUACUGUGGUAACCUGAGACAAGGA